AGGAGGUGAAGGUGUAACAGUCUUUGGUUAUCCUGAAUCUAGGUUCAUUUAACAUCAGUGGCCUCCACCAUGCUGCCCAAGUUUGACCCCAACAAAGUCAAAGUCAUACACCUGAGGUGCACCAGUGGUGAAGUCAGUGCCACAUCUGACUUGGCCCCAAAAAUCAUCCCUUUGGGUCUGUUUCCAAAAAAGUUUAGUGAUGAUAUCUCCAAAGCAACAGGUGAUUGGAAGGGCCUGAGGAUUUCAGUGAAACUGAUAAUUCAGAACAGACAGGCCCAGAUUGAAGAGGUAUCUUCUGCUUCUUCCCUGAUUAUUGAAGCCCUCAAGGAACCUCCAAGAGACAUAAAGAAGCAGAAAAACAUUACGCACAGUGGAAAUAUCACUUUUGAUGAGAUUUUCAACAUUGCCCAACAGAUGCAGCACCGAUCUUUAGCUAGAGAACUCUCUGGAAACAUUAAAGAGAUUCUGGGGGCCACCCAGUCUGUGGGCUAUAAUGUUGAUGGCUGCCACCCCCAUGACAUCAAUAGUGGUGUGAUGAAAUGCCCAGUUUCCAAGGAGAUGGUGGUUUCCAAGGAGAUGGCCCGACAGUUUCACCCAAACCGGGAAGAGAGCGCGCUAGCUGAGCUCCAGCAGCACAGACAGAUCCGGCAAGCCCAGCGCCGGGUCCCGCCCGCUGGGAAGUCCCGGAAGCUUCCUGCCGCGUAA